AUGACACCGGACCGACACCCAUCCAAACCGCAAAGUUGCGGUAAGUCAUCGGAACGGGCGGAAGCAGCUGCGCGGGCGAGGGGCCGGAGUGUGCAACAGGUAUGGCCGGAGAGUGCGCGGCGUCACCAGAGUGAAACGCGACCCCUGGGCGAGUGGUACAGACACGGAGACCCGGGAUUCCGAGAAUGGCGAUUCCGAGACUCCGGAAAGUACGCUCACCUUGACAAAGGUGGGUGCGGCUACGUCCACCGGUACGGAGAACGGCUGGGAGACUGCGGCCAUCACCCGUGUCGGCGCGGUUGCUCGGGUGGGGAGGGUACCUACAGCGACUCCAUGUUCGAUGACGAGAUUUUCAGUCCGGUGCGCGAAAUGUGUGUGUGCCAGAGACAUGGACGCGUGGCGACUUCGCCCCUAGUGGACGAAGCAGAAGGGGAGAGGGAGAGGGAGGGUGUUGGAGAGCCGUGUUCCGGAGAGACGGGAUCAGGUGAGUUUCAGUCUGGCGAGACGCGUUCUACAAAGGUGAGUUAUGCGGACCGAUUUUGUCACCAGAGUCUGCGGUUGCCGACACGUGCGGUUGCGGAGAAUUCCGUUGCUGUUGGGCCCAGGACGACGUCAACGUCAAGCCAGCAUGCCGGGAAUGAGUCGUGGCUGUGUACGGGGUGGGGACAAUUGGUGGUGUUAUCAAUAGCGUACUUUGCGGUGGUGGGCAUGUGGAAUGCGCUGAACACGAUUGGGGGUUUAGGAACGGGCGAUGAACAUGUGUCGCACGUGGUGAACACUGUCUUGUAUGGUACAGGGUGCUUGGCGGGCUUCUUCUCAGGUUCGGCGAUCAAUUUGUUCGGGUUACGUGUUGGCUCAGUUGUGGGCGCGGCCGGGCAGACACUGGUGCUCCUGGUGGUCUAUCUCUACCACUACCAAGGUCUCAAUGGGCUCUGGGUACCUCUUGGUGCCGUUGUCGGCGGGGCCGUCAUCAGCUGGCACCUCAGUGCCGUAGCCUCCGGCGCCGUGCACUACCCCACAGAGACGCAGCGCUCUCUCUUCCUCGCCGUCAACUCAGCCUUCCUCAACGUAGGCGGCGUCACCGGCAGUCUUGUCGCUCUAGCUAUGAACUUCAAAGCCCCCACACACACUACCGUGACCACGAGGAGCUCCACCUCCAUCUUUGACCACAUCCACGCCGCCCUGGUACCCAGAGCCCCAAUCGGCUGGCUCGGCCGCCGCCGACGGAAGCUGGCCCGCGCCGCGAGGCUGCGCAGACUUACUGAUGCAGUUGAGGGCUCGGACCUAAUUGGAGUCGUUGGUUCAGGACUUAGGGAUUCAGGACUGAUUGGACGGGGGCUGGGCGGGGUUGCGUUGACCUUGCGGGAGUCAGGUGCAUGUGCCGACGGUGUGUGCGCGAUGACGGCGAGUACAUUGCCGGAGCAAUUUCCUUCAAUUGACCACUCGCUGUUACCAGUGGACCCCCCGCUGGAUCCGGUUGUAAACUUGACAACGGCGGCGGCGCAGACGACACCGGAGACCGCCACGAUUGGUGUGAAUGCGGGGAGUUUAUCGAGUGCGAGUUUCUUGUUAAUUUUGGCGGUAAAUGCCAGUGGCGUGUUGGUAUCGUUGUUAGUGCAAUCACCAGCACGUGUGCGACGUAGUGACGGGUCGCGGGCGGCAGUGCCGUUGUUGACUUUGAAGCAGGAGAUGCAAGGUGUGGUUGCGGGUUUACGCGAAACAUACCUUUGGCUGAUGGCGCCACUGUUUAUGUGUUCCAUUUGGCAUGAGGUUGUUCUCUUUAACUACUUCAACGUACAGCUAUCCAAUGUGCGCUCACGCGCCCUAAACGCACUCGUCUACUACCUUGCCCGGAUACUCGCCUCCUUCCUAUUUCAAUUCGUUUGCGAUCUUGCACACACUCUCCCGAGACGGAUCGACAGCGCCAAUAUAUUUACGCUCACCCUUUGCGCUCUCGGCUUCACCACUGCUGCAAUGACCUUUGGCGACGUCUUUGGCGUCCAAAGUGAUGCACCCCUCGACUUUCGCGAAAAACGCAGCUCUCUCCUCCUCCUCUGCUUCUUCGCAUACGGAGCACUCGAAACCACCGCCACCUCCUACUCUCUCUGGCUCAUCGGCGCACUCCCCUUCCACAACACCGCACUAGCCAACCGCUACGUCGGCUGGUACCGCACCUUCGCCGCUCUCGGCGGCUGCCUCUCCUGGCUACUCGACUCCCUCAAAGCUGUAGACGUACCUGCCCAAUGGGCCAUCUCUGCCGCUCUCUGGCUCACAGCCAUAGCAUGCACCGCCUGCCUCAGACACGACAUCGCCAAGAACCACCCCGACGACUCUGAUGCCCAACCCGAAACCGCCGCCACCACUCCCGGCACCACACACGGAGAUCUAAAAGGCAACCUCAAUCGCGGCACUCGCCAAUUUCCACCAAACAAUGAACUGACUGACCAACAACAAACUGGUUGA